UCCUCCUCCUCCUCCUCCCCUUCCCCCUCCUCACCAAAUCCCACCCUUCACCCUGCUCUUCUCUACCCGGUUCCCUGCCUCCCCACCCUCCCGCCACUCCUCCCGCUGUCGCGUCCGAUUUUCCCGCUGCCGCGCUUUGGCGUCACCUCCCCGCCUCUCCCCCAUACACCGGUUCUCCCCCCGGGAUUUGGGCCUCCCUCCUCGGUUUGGCCCUCCUCCACUUCAUCUGGCGUUCCCAACACCGCGCCCUCGUUUGCCCUGCCCCCCUCUCUCUCCUUCUCCGGGGCUUUUCCUUUUCCUGUGCGCGCGCGCGCGACCGGCAAGAUCUUCGCCGGCCCGCUGCUUCGCCCGGCCCUCCCCGCGCUCCGGCCACUAUUAAUCUGCCGCAUAUAGCGGUCCCCCGCCUCUUCCCUGAUGGCACCCUCCCAGGCUUCCAGUCGUCGGACCAGGGGCCGACGGUCAGCCUCUAGCACCUACAGCUCCUUUAGCCACGCUCCCUCGGCCGCCUCGUCCCACGCCGGCGGAAGCGGUUCUUCUUCGCACAAUGCUGCAUCACACUCCUCGGAACGCUCACCGCGGGAAACCCGCGAGUUGGCGGCCGCGCGGAAACCCCUCGCCCAGGCCCGUGUCGUUCAGGCGCACUUGGUCUAUGUGGCCGGGCUCCCAAGUCGGCUGUAUCGGCCACCCGCCUCCUCGGCAUCACACUCUCCCACCCUCUCGGCCCAUGGGUCCCCCUCUCCGAGCUCCAUCGUUGGAGGUGCCUCGUCGAGCAGCAGCGCGCCCGGUGCUGCUGCCUCGGCCACGGCCGCGGCCGCCGCUGCCAGCCAUGCAGCCGCCGACAACUCGCCCCGUGGUGAUCCGGUCACCGGGGACGAAUUUAUCGCCCUCCUCCGGAGUCCCUCCUUCCUGGGUCGCUACGGCAAGGUCACCAAGCUUCUGUUGAGCGCUCGGCCAUCCAGUGGCGGCGGUGUCGGCGCCGGCAGCAGCACCGGCGGUUCGGCCGCCGGGGCCUACAACAACACCGAGGAGCGCGUGGCAGCGCAUGUCACCUAUUCGGAUGCGCGCGCCGCGCGGCGCUGCAUCGCCGCCCUCGACGGCGUGGCCAUCGAUGGCUGUGUGGUCCGUGCCUCCCUCGGCACGACCAAGUUCUGUCACCAGUUCCUGCGUGGGCUUCUGUGCCAGAAUUCCGAAUGCCUCUACCUUCAUGAGGAGCCCUCCCAAUCGAAGACCCCGCUGGCCUCCAUCGCGGCGGCCAACUCCUCCUCCACCACAACCAUCGAGUGGGCCCCAGGGCUGGUGGUCAUGGGUGAUGAUCUGGCUGCCCGGGGCGAGCUUGCCUUUGGACCGCCGACCCACACGCGUGUCCGAGUUUCCUCCUGGCGCCCCGACUCCAAAGGACGCGUUUUGCCGGCUCCGCCGCCAGACGCCCCGGCCAAUGCCUCCCUCGGGGCCAACGCUUCAGUAUCCCUGUCGAUUAAUGCGGCCGCCUCCCUGCCGACCCUUUCGGCGGCGGCCACCGCUUCGGCCACUCUCACAGGUGGUGCGACCAGCGCCGGUUCCGACACCUCUCCCCAGAAGUUGAGUUGCGACGCGUCGGCCCUCCAGCAUCUGUCCCCCUCGCCGUGUUCCUCUUCGACCUGCUCGUCCCCCAACAAGGAUAUGGACUCGUGCUCGGACGAGUACGACUGUGAUUUGGACUCCUCCUUCUCGCAUCACUCGGCCAGCGAGGACCACGAGGAUGAGGAAGAUCACACCGAGGACCAGGACGCCGAGCAUGGCACCCCGAGCGCCGACGAUGUCCAUCCCUCCUCGGAUGGGUCUCCCGGGCCAAGCGUCAGCCCCCUCGAUCAGCGGCAGCCGGCCCCUCCCUUCCACCACCGGACCCCCUCGGCCGAGCACCCCGCGCCGCAUCUCCCCUCGGCCGGGGGCUUUGCCCAUGGGCCCAUUGGCGGCGCCGAUGACACCCAUGCCGCCUCCGACAGUGAUGCUGCCAUGGGCUCCCGCAUGCCCCCCGAUACCUUCGAUCUCUUCAAGGGCAAGUCCUUCUUCUCCGGGGCGAAUGUCUUUGCUGUGGCCCCACUGGCGGCUCCCCUGUCGGAUCUCAGCGCCUCGACGGGUGGCGCUCGCGGGCUCGCCUCCGCUCCUGGCUCCACUGCGGGCCCGGUCACGCCAGGCGGCCCUCAUCACCCGGGCGGCCGGAGCCCCUCGCCCAUGGUGGCAUCCUCGCCAGGUGCCGGGACCGCCAGGCCCGGGUCGGCUCCCGGAUCGCGCGGUGCCACGCCUCCGGCUCCGGGUGCCGUGACGGCUGCCGCCUUGGCUGCUGGGCUUCCCCUGGCGGCUCCGGGCGCGGUCCGGCCCCGGCCCCGGCCUCGGCCUCCGGCGGCCCAUCUACUGCAGCAGCAGCAGCAGCAAGCACUGCCGGGUGGGGGACAUGUGGUCUCGAGUCCCGGCGCUUUGCGUCCUCCCCUGCCACCGGGCCCCGCCGCGUCGGUGGCUGUCCGGCCCGGGCCGCGGCCACCGCGGCCGCCGGUCGCCGGCCUCACCCCCGGCCUUCUGGCCGUCAACACCGGGGCCGUGUCCCAGCCCGCCCCGCAGUCGCAGGCGGUGGUGACUUCCUCACCGCAGCCACAGCCCCCUUCACAGCCAGCUGCCUCCCCCUGGGGCCAUCACCACCAGCUUCAGCAUCAUCACCAUCAGCAGCAGCAGCAGCAGCAACAGCAGCAGCAGCAGCAACAGCAGCCAGCGCCUCUGCCGCAGUUCCACGCGGCCCCUGGCUCGGGCAGGCCAUCUCCGGCGCCCUCACCCGGGCCAUCGCCAUCGCCCUCGCCCUCGACCGCCUUCCCCGCGGUGGGCGCGGCGGCCACCGGUCCUCAGCAUCGCCCAGCCGCCACGGCGCACUUCCUGCCCGCGAGCAGCAUCACCGUGGCGGCGGCGGCGGCCGCGGCCGCGGCCGCCGAUUCGGCUCUCGAUCUCGCCGCCACUACUGCUCCGCAGGCGGCCCUUCACAGCAGCUCCGGCUUGACGCUGGCCGCACAGGCAUUUGAUUUCACACUCCCCAGCUCGGUGGCGGCCACUGUCGCCGGCGGCCAGCAGCCCGGAAUCAAGCCCACUGCGGCCGGCUCUGUCGGGGACUUUUAUCCCCCCCUUGGAGCGGGUGUCAGUCCCUCGCACCACGAUCCGGUUGGCUUGGACUUUGCCCAGCCCCACACGCUCGGGCCGUCCUUCAACUUCCCGGCUAACAGUCUGAUGGCCGCGGCGGCGGCCCCGACGCCCAGCAGUGCGCCCCCGUCGCCUCGCCGGCGCGCCGGGGCCCUGGCCCCGGGGCAAUUCGGCGUCGGCUCGCGCGAGGCCACCACCGGUGCUGGCGGCCCGGCCCUGGUCGAGCCCUUCGCCCUGGCACACCUGCUGGAGGAUGGCGACCUGUCACAGGUGGCGGCCGCGGCCACAACCACCCGGCCGGGGUCGACUCGCACCGGGAAUGGCUCGGCCGAGGGCGCUGUCCCGGGAGUUCCGCUGUUUGGCGGCGGGCGCCUGCGGUCGUCCUCCUUCGGGUCCGGACCACUGGAAGCCGGAUCCGGGUCUGCCUCCUCCUCGUCGGUGUCGGUGUCGGUGUCGGCGGCCUCAUCGUUGACGCAUCACCAUUCGGGGACCCCCUCCCUGCACCACCAUCCACACGGUGCCCCGGCCGGCGUGCACUCCUACUACCACCAGACGCACUUCCAGCAACUGUCGGGCCCAGGGACCGCCGGGUCGCACUUCCAGCAGCAUCAUGGACCCGCCGGCUCCGCGCCGCACUUCCAGCAGCUCCCGGCACAUCAGCCGCCCGUCCACCAUCCCCAUCAUCAUCCUCAUCAUCAUCCUCAUCAUCAUCCUCAUGCGCAGCAUCACUCGCAUGCUGGGCACUUCCAUCAGCCAGUUGCACAAACGCAUGGCCACCGGCUUCCGCCGACGUCCGGCGGCGAAUCGCCCUUCCACCUGUCGACUGCCUUCGGGGCGCCGGCGCUCGGCUCGGCGGCCGAGGGUCCGGUGGCUGCCAUGGUGUCUCUGUCGGCGCCGCCCUCCCCGGUGCCGGGGCUCCUCUCGAGCCCCGGGGGCCUGGGCCAAUUCCUCAUGGUUUCCUCCGCCGCAGCCGGCGGGCCUCGUAGCAAUGGAGGGGCCACAGACCCGGCUCCCGGCAUGGUGGAUCUCCCCUUGCCGCCGCUGAGUUCCUCUGGCCCGGUGGCGGCGGCGGCGGCGGCGGCUGCGGCCGCCGCGGCGGUUGCCGCAGCCGCAACCACCAAUGGUGGUGCCGGCAGCGGGGUCGGCGUCGUCGCCACCGCUUCCGGUGCUGCGGCCACGUCUCCCCAUGAUCCUCCCCAAUGGAAGCGUGCCCCCUCGCCCCGGCAGCCGGCGGCCACCAGCCCGAGCACCCUGUCCAUCGCGUCCGGCAGCACGGCCCGUGCUUCAUGGCAGGCGGCCCCGUCGGAUGGCGAGCUGGAGCCCCUGCCACCAGGCUUCCUGGCCGCCUUGGCGGGUGACAGCUCGCCUCUUCCCGCCAACACCGAAGUCGACUCGGCCCCUGUCGCUGCCUCUGCGGGUUCCCCCUCGUCGCUGGCGGCCAGCCGCAGUGCGCCCUCUUCGGCGGCCAGUGCACUUCCCCCCCGGCCGGUCUCCUCCUCCCCGGCCGAGGAGCCCUCUUCAGACUACCUGCCAAGUGGCGCGUCGCCCGUCGGCCUGGCAGCCACCACCAGCCCGGCGCGUGAUGAGCUUGGCCCCGGGCUCCAGCCCCUUCAGACGAGCAUCUUGAAUGCCCCCCUUUCAGACCUGUCGCCGUCGCUCCUCCCUUCGGCGCUCCUCUUCAACUCAACCCCUUCACACUCGCUGCCGGCCGGUGCCGUCGGCGGGGUUCCCUUCUCCCUGCUGGGCGUCGGCCGCCUGGGCAGCGAGGCCGAGCCCGGUGCCGCCGGCGAUGCCAGCCCCGGUGGGACUUCCUUCGCGGGCGUGGUGGGCACGCCGGUGGCCAUGGGGGGCGGCCGCGCCGGGUCGCCGCUGGCCGCCAUGUCAGCCUCGGCCGAGCUUGGCUCCUCAUCGGAGAACUUCGCCCCCGGGGCGUCCCUGCUGGCCGCGGCUGCCUUUUCCUCGGGCCUGGCCCCCGGCGGCGGCGGUCCUGCUGGCAACAGCAAGGCCGGCUUCUCGCUGGCAGCCUCGGCCAGCAUGGCCGCGGGGCAUCCAUACUUCGCGACAGGCCCCGGCUCGGUGGCCUCGCUCCAGUCCAUGAGCCACCUGGUCAUGUCGGCCCCGACGCUUCCCGGUGCCCUGUCCGGCUUCACCAGCCCUUCGAGCGGCCUGGCCUUCGCGGCUGGUGGCCCGGCGCCCGGUGGCGGCGGCGGCGGCCCAGGCGCCGCUUCUCCGCACAUGCGCCCUGGCGCUGGCGGCUCAACCACCACCUCGCCGACGGUGUCUUGA